GUAAUCAUAGCAUCGUCCUAAAACUAAGGGCAUUGAGAUCUUUCACUGUCUUCCGGCCCAAACAGGCGAAAAACGAAAUUUUAUCCAUUGCUCCGGAGUGAGCUGUGUCUGGCUAGCAAGCGAGAAAAGCCGAGAGGAGUCAUCUGCGGAGACUGCACCAGGAUCACUUAAAUGCCACAGCGGCUCCAAGUCGUAACGUUUAGCGGCUUUUGUCUGCAAAAUCUGCUCCCCACCCCUUUUGACAAAUCCAGAAAACCCUUUUCUUUUCCCCGUUCACAAACCCUAACGAUAGCUCGUCUGUUUGACAAUUGGCGACCCCCGAACGCAAAAAGAAAGAACUUGGAAAGAAAGAAGGGAUUUUGAGGGAAGAGCUGUACGGAGAUGGAAGAAGAGGGAAUUGGGUUGGUGUUGGCGAGAGCCACCGAGCUGAGGUUGAAGAUCAGCAACUGCGUCCACAAAGCCACCAGUUCCGCCGCUCCGCCACCGGACGAGAAGCAAGAAGAUGGCGAGGUCAACGAAGCAGAGGAAGGGGAAGAAGCAGAGAGGCUCUUCAACAUAUGCGAUGCGCUCGAGGCCCUCGAGUCUCAGCUCUCCUCUUUGCAGGAUAUGCAACAAAACCACCGGUAUGAGAGGGAAGCGGCCCUUGCUGAGAUCGAAUACAGCCGUAAGAUGCUUCUUGAUAAGCUCAAGGAGUACAAAGGGGAAGAAUUGGAAGUGAUUCAAGAGGCCUCUGCUUUUGCUGGAGAGACGGUGCAGCACAACAACGACCUCCUGCUUCCACCAUAUCCUAGCCGCCCUCCACUUCAUCUUUCAAGCUUUUCCCCACGCAAGUCUGUCCGAAAUGGGAUGAUCUCUUCCGAUCUGACAAACGAAUUAAAGAAGAAUAUGAAUGAGAUUGACAAGAAUCAGGGGCAAAGCGGGUCAAGAAACCAGGGCCUUCGACUGGGUCAUUUCAUUGGUUCAGCAGCCAAGACGGUGGCUACUCUUGUUGGUAUGAUAUCAAUACUGAGCUUGGCUGGUUUUGGUGCUAAGUCUGAGACAAGCAAUGGCCCCUUAAAGCAUCUGGGUCUGUUUUUGAGACAAGUAGUUAGCAGUAGCGAACGAGGUGUUCAGUGUCCUCCCGGAAAAGUAUUAGUCGUGGAGAACGGGCAGCCUAGAUGCCUUGUUAAGGAGAGAGUUGAAGUUCCAUUUGAGUCUGUUGUUGCGACAUCUGAUGUAAACUACGGUUGUGGUUAGUUUUGGUUUUAUCGCAUCGUCCUGUACAUCUUUAUUGUAUGUGACACAAGUCAGAUCGAUAAUGGCAUAAUGCUGCGCGAUUUUGUCCAAUUUCCAUAUUAUUUUCUUCAAUUUGAUUCUA